AUGGGCUGCGGGGCCGGCAAGGUGCUGCCUGAAGCGUCCAAGAAAGGCUAUGUAAGUGUGGUGCAAUCAAUCGUGGCCUUCAGUAAAGCGCAGGAUGAUGAUGAGCCAAGGAAGCACAAGGAGAAGACGAAGAGUUCAUGGCUUGCCACCGGCAGUGGGGCUCACCACCAGCCGCCUUCAAACACCCGCCAGCAGGCUCUCAGAGACGGACAACAGCAGGACAAAGUUGCCAAGUACAGGGCCAAGUUUGAUCCCCGUGUCACGGCAAGAUACGACGUCAAGGCUCUGAUCGGCCGUGGGAGCUUCAGCCGGGUGGUGCGCGUGGAGCACAGAGCGACGCGCCGGCCCUUCGCCAUCAAAAUGAUGGAGGUCAAGGCCCCCGGAGGCCGCGAGGUGUGCGCGUCCGAGCUGGCAGUGCUGCGGCGGGUCAGCCACGCCAAUGUGAUUCAGCUGGUUGAGGUGCUUCAGACUCCACAGCGGGUCUACAUGGUGCUGGAGCUGGCCACAGGGGGGGAACUCUUGGACCGGGUCGUCACCACGGGGCGCUUCACGGAGCGGGAUGCCACCCGGGCCCUGCGGAUGGUGCUGGCUGCAGUCGGGUACCUCCACGGCCUUGGUAUCACACACAGAGACCUGAAACCGGAGAAUCUCCUGUACUAUCACCCCGGGGCCGACUCCAGGCUGCUGGUGACCGACUUUGGACUGGCCACUUUUGGAGGCGCCGGUCGUGGGUGUGACAGAUCAGGAGCAGACGAGGGAAGCGAUGAAGGUGCGAAAGGAGACGACUGGUCCCUGAGAACCACCUGUGGCACCCCUGAGUACAUGGCCCCUGAAAUGGUGCUGAGGAGACCCUAUUCAUGUGCAGUGGACAUGUGGGCCCUCGGGGUGAUUGCCUACAUCGUUCUGAGCGGGUCCAUGCCCUUCGAGGACGACAGCCGCACACGACUCUACAGAGCCAUUCUGAGAGGGAAGUACAGCUUCCGUGGGGAUCCUUGGCCGUCUGUGUCCAGCCCAGCCAAAGACUUCAUCCAGCACCUGUUGGCGUCUGACCCGGCCGCCCGUCUGACUGCCGAGCAAGCCAUCCGUCAUCCCUGGGUGGCCACCAUGGCAGCCGGCUCCUCCAUGAGGAACCUGCAUCGAUCCAUCUCCCAGAACCUGAGGCAGCGGGCAUCGCGCACCUCGUCCCGCUGCCCAAGCAGCACUGGGGGACUCAGCAGAGCCAGCAGCAGCGCGGGCCGGGGAAGGCUAAUGUCGCUGGACAGGAACCAGGAGCUCGAUACAGCAGCCGCAGCAGCAGGAGCAAGCAGAGCAGCAGGACCUGACUCGGCCUCAGAGAGCCAUACACCAACCUGCAGCACAGGUUCAGCCAGAGGGCUCCAGGAUCACCAGCACCACCCAGCCAGAGCAUCACAUUCAUGGGAAGGCUAA